AUGAUUGAUCAAUAUGAAUAUGAAUCCCAAUUAUCGGAUUCGGUUCGAUCACAAAAUUCUGAAUCCAAAUCAGAUAAAUCUAUUAUUCUACACAUUUAUUCAACAAAGAUUGAUUGUACCACAUUAGAAGAAUUUCUUGGCAUUUCUAACAUGAUUAUCCUUGAACCAACUGAAGAUUUUCAAAAUACAAUUAAUACAUUUCUUAAAGUGUCAAAAACAAAAUCAGAAAAUGAAGGAAGUUUAGAAUUUAAUAAUCAUUUAAAAAAGUUUAAUCCACAAGUAACAUUUACGGGAAAUCAAAAGGGUGGUGAAUUUGGAUUAGUGUUUUGUGAUAAACAACCAGAUUUUACAUGGUCAAUGAAUGAACAAUUUCAUUCAUGGAAUAUUAUCACAAUAAUCGAAAAGAAAAAGAAUGUUUUAACAAGAAAUGAAAUAUCACAAAUGUUAGAAUAUCUAAGAAUGAUUAUUCAAAUAUCUCCUGAACGAAAUUAUGCAGUUGGAUGUUUAACUAAUUAUAAAGAGAUUAUUUUUGGUAAAACAUCAAUAGUAAAUGAUAAAUUUAUUUACGAAGUAUUUAAAUCCAAAAAUGUUAUUAAAGAAUAUUGGAAAUUUCUUCAUUGUAAUCCAUCUCAUUUGGGUCAUGUCAAAUUUUCUAUUCCAAAUAAUUUUUAUGUUAAAUUAUCAUUAGGAAGAGGUGCAAAUGGUAUAGUUUAUCAAAUUGAACAUGAAAAUAUUCAAUAUGCCAUGAAAAUUUCAAAUAAAACAUCAACAAAAGAAUAUGAAAUAGCUGAAAAAAUGAAAAAUUACAUAAAUGAACAUUCAUUAUCAGAUAUUAAAAUAAUACAUAUGUUUAAUAUUCAAGGCUUUAUUUUAUCAAGACCAGUUGGAAAAUUAAUGAACAAAAAUGAUUUAUGCAAAAAGAAAUAUAUUAAUCAAUUAUUUAAACAAUUAUCUAUUGGUCAGAAACUUGGAUUUGUUCAUCGUGAUAUUCGAAUAUAUAAUUUAAUCUUAUUUAAUGAUGAUAUUUAUUUAAUUGAUUGGGAUUCAUCGACAUAUAAUGGUUUCCAAGGUAAUUAUGAAGGAACAUUUACAACAGCAUCCACAUCUGUAUUGACUGAAUACGAAUUAACACAUGGUAAACAAGUUUCAGCUUAUUAUGCUGAUGAUUGUUUAUCAAUUAUUUACAUGUUAUUAUUAUCAAAAUGUACAAAAGAAGAACAUGCUGCAUUAAAACAAUAUGCUUCUGUUAGUUCUGCUGGUGAAUUAAUCGUAGAACGUAGCGAGAUUUUAUUACAACGACAUCCAACUAUUAUCGAUCAUCUCAAUGAAAUUGAAAAACAACGCCAUAAUUUAUUCGAUAUAGAUGAUUUACAUAAUCGAUGUCAACAGAUAAUUCAACAACAUAUAGACUUGAUUUAA